GCAAAACCCCAGCGUAUCCGUCGAAGGAAUUAUCCUCGACAAAACUUUGAGAGAGCUCUAGCCUUGGUCAAGAAAGGGGUCUCCGUAAGGAGGGCAGCGCUCAAGUAUGGAAUCCCCAAGACGACAUUACUUGACAGAUUACGGGGAAGAACCAAAUCAAGCAUGGAUCUUGGAAGGGGCUCUAUUUUGACCCAGGAGGACGAGAGGGCUCUAGUUGAGCAUCUGCACAAGCUCUCAUCAUAUGUCUAUGGUCUGACUAAAACCCAGGUAAUUUAUUAGUUUCGUUUUAUUUCAAUCAUGAUUUGAUAAAAGAUAUGCGAUGUAUGAAUAAAUUGAAAUAAAAAUGAAUGCAUUAUUCUUAUGCUUUGCAAUUUUUGCUUAUUUUUCUACAGGUUAUUCAUCUAGCUACCAAUAUGGCAGAUGAACUUGGAAGAAGAGAGGAAAAGGCCAAGGGAAGACUACUAUCAGACACUUGGUAUUGUCUCUUUAGGCAAAGAUGGCCAGACCUUCGUCUUGUGGCACCCAGCAAGCUUCAGAUGAGUAGGGCAAAAUCAACGACGGAAGCUGUUCUGUCAAAAUACUUCGAGGAACUCCGUCAGGUCAUGGACAGGUACAAUCUCCGAGACAAGCCAUACCACAUCUACAAUGUUGAUGAAACCAACAUCAAUGCGGAGCAUAAGCCGCCGAAGGUUGUUUGUGUAGAUAAAGGAUCCAGAACAAAUUCGGUAACAUCGCAUCGGAUUGCCACUACCACAGUCCUGGCUUGUGGUAACGCUGCUGGUAGGGCUCUUCCUCCAUACUACGUCUUCAAGGGCAAGAGGAUGAUGCCAGAGUUGAUGGAUGGUGCACUACCUGGGUCAAAGAUGACACUUACGGAGACAGGAUGGAGUAAUGGAGCCGUCUUCUCCAAGUUCCUGACGGAGCACUUUGUGCCAUCCCUGCCUCCAAGAGAAGAUGGUGAAUAUGUCUUGCUCAUGUACGAUGGCCACACCUCUCAUAUCAGCACCACGGUCAUUGACUUCGCCAGGGCAAAUCAAGUCAUUCUCUUUGUGCUGCCAGCACACACAUCACACAUCACUCAACCCCUUGACGUCGCCUGUUUUUCUGCAAUGAAAUCAGCAUAUAAUCAAGAGUGUGCCCUGUACAUGCAGAAGAACCCCGGACAGGUGAUAACGAGAUAUGAAAUCGCUCGGCUCUCUUCAGCAGCAUACCUUCGAGCUCUCAAGGAAGAGAAUCUUAAGGCAGCAUUCCGGAAGACAGGGAUCUUUCCACUUGACCUGAAUGCAGUAAAGAUUGGUGAAGUAUCGAGGACGAGCACACUCGUGACACCGAAGUCACCCACUACCUCUUCAGGAGAAAUACAUCAGAUUGGUCCUAUGGGUGACAUGGGCGAAACCCAAGGAAGGACGAACCAGGCACCCAGUGAAGCAGAUCUGUUCUUGUCAUCGAGAACACCAUCUCCUCCUGAAGCAACACAGAAGAAAAGAGCAGUCUGCAAGAAAUACUACAGGGCUUCAGGAGUUAGCAUAACAGAAAACAACAUCUUUCUCAAGCUAAUCAGGGCCGAGGAGGAGAGGAGCACAGCGAAGCUGUCUAAAGGGAAGCAGAAGAAAGCUACCAGUCAGGCAGGACCAUCAUCAUCAGCAGCAGCAAGCAGGCGCCUCUUCGUUAAUCUUCCGACCAGCAACGAUACAGAUGAUGAAGAAGAUGAAAAUCCAUGCUGUGUGUGCAGGAGAAACACACCCCCUCACCCUCCUCAAGACCAUGUCGAGAUCUUCUCCUGGGUGGCUUGCGACAGCAAGGGUUGCACACACUGGGUCCAUCAAAAGUACUGCACGGGGUCAAGCCGGAGGUUUGGAAAAGACGAUGUAUAUAUGUGCCCUUGCCAUUGA